AUGGACCCUCAAGCAUCGCCCGCACCCAUAGACUCCCCCGAGUCACCGCCCUCACCACCAUCUCUACCGCUGACGCUCUCAGCGAGCGUCCAACUUCAAGACCUGGACAGAGAUGCGUCCCUCGCUCUCGCGACGGCAGCACCGUUUGCAUCCGAGAAAGUCGUCGUGCGUUUCAAGCCGGUCGGCGCUGCGCCUGCGCUCAGUCAGGAUAUCUGCAAGAUCACGUCGGAGCGGCGAUUUGAAGAAGUCGUCCGGUACCUCAGGCGGAAACUCAAGUGCAAGGACACGGAUAGUGUGUUCCUCUACGUCAACAGCGCAUUUGCGCCCAGUCUCGACGAGGUCGUGGGCAAUCUUCACCAGUGCUUCAAAGAUGGUCGAGAUCAACUUGUUGUCGCCUACUCUAUGACUCCCGCGUUCGGCUGA